CCGUCAGGUAGAGGUAGCAACAACUGCCCAGCAUCACGUCGAAGUUUGAACUGUGACCUGGAGAAUUGAUCCUACCCUACAAUUUUGACACCGCGACAACCACUAAUCCCACCGCCGUGUUACCACAUCGUAGCCGAUAUGCCGUCCGGUAACAAGGGCAAAAACCGCUCCGGCGGAUCGCUGUCGCUCAAGACCUCCAACAAGAUUGUCAGAAAGCAAUUAUACGUCAAGCAAAAGAAGGAGCAGGGAAAGGAACGCCAUGAGGAGCGUCACCGCCGGAGGAAGGAGGAGGCCAAGGAUCCCAAACUCAGAGAAGAGCGCCUCGCAAACAACCAACCCUUGACCAUUGAGAGGAAACGCGUGUGGGAUGACGUUGACGACGACAGCCUGGGCGUCGCUGUGGAUGUUGCCGAGCUCAAGAGGAGGCGCUUGGAGAAGGAGGAGGCCGAGGCCGCCAGGCUAGCCGAUGGAGUCACGGAGGAGGAUGAGGAGAAGGACGACGAUGCCGAUUCUAUGUUGGACUCGGACGAGGAGGGUGACGACGACGACGAAGAUGCCGAGGAGCGCAUCGAGAGACUCAGACAGGAGCGUGCGCAGAGGAAACCCAGCAUCGCUCCCUCGACCACGUCGACAAAUCUAGACAUGACUCCCGACUCGCUCACACGACAAUUUCCCAAUCUCUUCAACGAGGAACCCCCAGUCGACCCCAAGAUUCUGGUCACCACCCAUUUGAACGGCACCAUUCACAAGGAGGCGGAGGACAUUGCUGCCAUCUUUCCCAACAGCACGUACAUCAGACGCAGUGCGCACGCGUAUGGACACAAGUAUAGUGUUCGCGAGAUCGCAAAGUUUGCCAAGAACCGUGGAUACACGAUUCUCAUGAUUGUCGGCGAAGAUCUCAAGAAGCCUAGCUCCCUGACCGUCAUCCAUCUCAACGGCGAAGAUGUUGCCCCUGGUCCUUCGUUGACAUACACCAUCCGGAACUACCUGCCUGGAAAGGCUCUCCUUGGCCACGGUAACCCUACAAACCACUACCCCGAGCUUCUCCUCAAUGGAUUCAAGACCCCUCUCGGUAUCCUCGCCGCUAAAUCCAUGCACACCAUGUUCCCUCCCAGGCCCGAGCUUUCGGGUCGCCAGGUCGUGACAUUGCACAACCAGCGUGAUUACAUCUUCUUUCGCCGCCACCGCUACGUCUUCCGCGAGGCCCGCACGACGGAGAAGAACGUGGUUACUGCGGAGGGCAAGGAGAUGGAGGGUAUGCAGGGUAUCCGUGCUGGUUUGCAGGAGAUUGGACCCAGAUUCACUCUCAAGCUUCGUAGAGUGGAUAAGGGUAUCGGUCGGGCUGGCAGCGAAGGAGAGGAUGCUUUGAAGUGGGAGUGGAAGGCCAAGAUGGAGAAGGUUCGCACGCGCUUCAACCUCUAAGGGGGCUGAUCAUGAUAGUAGUAUUGGUGAUACCCUUCUUUCAGUAUGCCAUCGUCUCUGUUGGCACUGGAGAGUAUUUGUCUUGUUCAAAGUGUGUAUGUGGCGUUAUCGGUUCACAAAAGGGUUUGGGAGGAAGGCAUGAUUCAUCAACAUCAGGUCACUAUGACUGUACUUCAAGACUACCUAUUUUCUGUGCAUGUACCGCCGGUUUCCUCUCCCUUUCUACGAUUUAUGACCAGCCUUCUUGGCUUCCUCCUUGAGCAUAGCCACUGGAUAUCUAACCCAGCAACGAAAUCUCAGCCAUUCUGCUCAGUAUCAUCGGCAAGAGAAGCUGGAGAUGCCGCCGAGUUGCGGUGAUAGUGGGCGAUCC